AUGUAGGGACUAAAAUCCAAAUAUAUACUCAAGUAUUUGUACUUGGUUACUUUCCAACACUAUAAUGGGCAUGGAGAGAGAAAAGUGGCUUGCUCUUCUUUCCCUAUUUGGUAACACUGGCAGAGGAAGGCAGACUGCUCGAUACAACACAGACACACACGCACACACUGGGCAGAAGGUGAGACAGAGAAGCAGACGGGCGGGAGUCUAGCGGAAAAGGAAGGACGCAAGGACAGACCCAAACACAAGCUCGGACACAGAAAGGGGAGGCAGCCGGAGAUGAAUAAGGACGAGAUGCUUGCACCAUCUGCGCCGCGUUUGCUCUUCUGAGAGCAGCAACUGAUUUCUUACUAAAUGAUUGGCAUGAAGACUCAUCGGCUCUACAAGAGGAGCGACAUCGUCCAGAGCCGAUGGUUGUUCAGUGUCCCGCCACAUCGGAUCUCUCUGGAAGAGCUCUAAGCCUCUGAAAGCCGAAUCCGCACAGUUCGAGGAAUCAGGGUAAUGCAGACUCCGGCGUCCAUGGUGAUGGGGAUCGUCUUCGCCCCCUUGGGUCUGGUGCUGCUCUUCACCGCUGCCAUCACCCCUCAGUGGAGAGAGGCCCACACGCGCCUGGACUUGGCCGGCCCUGGCUCUGUUCUCCUCAGGACGGUGGUGAAAAGCCACGGUCCCGGGGUCCGCCCGGCAACGACGGACAGUCUGCUGCUGGUCCGCUCUGAUGGGUUAUGGGAGAGUUGUCUGCAGUUGGAGCACUCCGAGCUGAAGCAGUGCUGGCCAGUGGCGGGUCCUUAUCAGAGAGACCGCCGGGUUCGCCUGGCGCAGGGCUUGGUCUUGACAUCCCUGUUCCUGUGCGGCACCGGCAUCCUCCUUGCCUGCAUCGGGGUCCGCUGUUGGACGGAUCUCCCGCUUCGCGGGGUGGCGGCCACGGGCGGGCUUCUGGUGGUGGUAGCUGGGCUGCUCAGCAUGACCGCACUGGUGGUCUACACCCACAACCUGCACAGGCUGGGGACAAAGGACACCCAGAAAGAACUGAACAACACCAGGUUCCCUCAGCUCAGCUUGCGUCCAGCUGGUUCCCUCUACUUUGGAUGGUUGGGUUCGUGCUUACAGGUACUGGGAGGGGGCGCCCUCAUGUUCAGCUUCAAAAGACCGCGAUGCAGAACCUGCCCCGAGUUCGCAACCUGCCCCGCGUGUCGGCCGUGCUCUGAGAUUCGCAACAAGCCCGACUCUGACAUGUAUGAAGUCAGCUGUUAAAAUGUGAUUGUCAUUUUAAAAUUCAUCUGCAACAGUAAUCCAGUGCAGGGGUUCUCAAACCGUUGGGGUCCAAGGACCACUUUUUAUAUUAGACAAAAGUAUGGCUUGGCUAAAUGAAGUUCCCCCUCUCAGUUUAACAAUGGCACUUGGCACCAAGAUUCCGCAAUGCAGCGCCAAAGCAAUGUUUUCAUAUGGGACAUGACUUUGGCCUGAGCACAAAAACAGCAAAUUGGCAAGAUGAGUUUGCCCCCCCCAAAAAAUUGUCUAAUACGCAAAAAUUCAAGAAUGGUGAACUGUGAAUGUUCACUGUAAACUUUACAAAAACAAAGACAUAUUUUGAUGAGAUGAAAAGUCAAACUCUUACAAGAAUAAAGUUAGAUUUGUCCAAGACUAUGACAGUGGAAGAAAAUCAAUAUUUUAACAAGUGAAUUUAAAAAAUACAUAUUUAUUUUAUUCUCGUAAAUUAUGCCGUUUAUUCUGGGAAAGACGGCAAUAUUUUGUCUAAAAAAAAUAAAAAUAAAAAAGACGGACUAGCUUCUCGGAAAAAAAUACUAAUUUUGUUCUCCCCUCACAAUACGACUUCAUUCAUGUAAUAAAACACAUUUUGUUCUAAAAUGAUGACUUUAUUCAUGCAGGGAUGUCAGAUUUAUGUGAAAUGGCAGAAUCAUAUCAGAGCUUUUAAUUCGCCCAAACCUAAGAGGGAGGAGUAAUUGGUUUAAUGUUUGCUUAACUGGCACACUGCUUCCAAUAUGUACUGUAGGUAUUUUUAAAAAAAACAUUAGUCAUAACCUAUUGUAAUUUAGUUUGCGGACCCCAAGUUGCAGCUCGCAGAACCCCGGAGGUCCCUGCAGUUUAAGAACCCCAGUUUAAGACGUUGCUCCAUUCCCUCGCCUAACUGCUGCCAAGUGUGACAAUAAUCACCUUUUUCAGACGGUCACUGCGGUUAUGACUGAUGUAUGAGUAUGUUCUUAUGCCGCCCCUGACAGCCUUGCUUUGUACUGUUAAACUAGAAAACAAAAUUAAAAAAAAAAAAAUCAUCAAACUGUGUCUGACCAUAAGUACAGGGUGUCUUUGGUUUAUGUCAGUGGUCCGUUUCUUCCCAAAAUUGUACGUAAGGCACUGUUGUCAAUCACUAACCUAUACUAACGCAGUUGUAGUCAUUGUUACAGUAAAUAUUGGUAUGAAAAACACUUCAAGGUCAUAAAUACCUGGAUAAAACCUUCAAACGAAAAACUAUAAGUACGGCGCGUGCCUUCUUGUGUUUCAUGACCACGGAUUCUUAACCUGGGAUCGCCAUUUGUCGAGACCGCCGUAAACUGUGGAGCCCUCUAUUCAAUGUCAACUUACUUUACUAGUUGUUUAAGGCUGGAUUUACAGUACAGUGCUAGAAUCUUUUUUGUCCAUUUGUUUGCAGCAAAAAAAAAUAAUACAUUUUCUUAAAAGCUCAGUCCACCUUAAUUAAUGGGUUGCUUGUGUUUAAACAAAAACAAAAUGUGAUUUUUUUUUUUCUUGAAGAGGGAAGUAUGUCACAGCAGAUGUACAGUAUAUAAACACAGUGUGUUAAAAUGAAACAUCACACACAACGUUAUUGUAUGUGUUUGCACUUGUGUAUUAAAUAAAAGGCAUUUCAACUAUCA